UGGGAAUUCCGCCAGCUAAAGAAACAGGUUUUUAAUUUGUAUACACCUGAGAGCUGAAAGAAAGAUCAGCCGCGGUCAGUCGAAUUAGCGAGAUGCGAGCGUUCGGAGUGGAAUUUCUGCUGCUCUUCGGCGUCGUCGGCGCCGAACUUUGCGAAAAACACUUUCGCAGCAGAAUAGAAAAGGGCAAAUUGACCGCGAAAGGAGAUCUGGAAACUGAAGAUGGAAUUCUGCACGCCAAGGGCACUUUUUGGAAGGACUCGGGAGAUUCGUUUUGGGCUUGCCCGUGUCUCACUGGCUCGUGUUUGUGGAUUUGCAAUAAAGAUUUAAUCAAGAGAAUAGAAGAAACGUUUAACGUGACCUUCAAUUUAAACAGCACAAUCGAGAUUUGGGAUGUGAACAACAGUUCGCGUCAGGUUGUGCUGAAAGAGCAUUUCAAACUCGUCCAAGAUUCAAAGUGUUCUCAUCCUGUGCUACUUGAACCAGAGGUUGUCGAUUUGGAUGAGCACAGAAUUCUCGCAAAUGGCACUCUUCACUACACACAUGCGAAUUUGUCAGAAGAAUACAGAUUUUCAGAUCCUAGAAAUUUCUGUGUCAUACCUUUGGAUAACUCGCCACCUGUGAUAACAGUUUGUGUUGAUGUCGCGGAAACGCCGCUGAAAUUUUACCUCUACACACCUUUUUUCAUCCUGAGCGCCCUGUUUUUGCUGCUUACCUUAGUGGCCUAUUGCUUUGUCGGCCCGGCCGAACGGAAAUCCCUGCACAACAAGACGAUUUGUUGUCAGUCGGCCGCCCUGCUCAUCGUUUACAUCUGCCUUUCGAUCACUUAUUUGACCGGUGGUUAUAACGCCAUGUGGUUCUGCGUCUCCACGACCUACUUCACUUAUUACUUCCUGCUGGCGUCAUUCUUCUGGCUCAACGUCAUGUGCGUCGAUAUGUACUUAACUUUUAGGAGUUUGACGCGAACGGUGGAAAUAAAAUACUGGCAGGCGUCGGUUUACGCCUGGGGGGUUCCCUCAGUUUUCGCAGUGGUGAUGAUUCUUGCUGACCAACUUACUACUGGACCUCUCAGCCCUGAUAUUGGAAAGGCAAGAUGUUGGUUCAACGGCUUUCUGACGGAGCUUCUGUACUUUGACGGAGUAAUAAUAAUUUUGCUGGUCGCCAACGUGGUCCUGUUCGGAAUGACGGCCAUCCAGUUGUGGCGCCUGAGGCGAGAGUCGAGACGCGUCCUGCAGACGAGCAACAGCCGCACGCACAUGGGCACCGACACGCAGCAGAACCGCGACCGAUUGACCCUAUUCUUCAAAAUGUUCCUUCUGAUGGGGUGCCUGUGGGUCAUGGAGGUCAUCUCGUGGGCCGCCAAGGGCCCGGACAGCUACUGGUACCUCACCGACAUUCUCAACAGUCUGCGCGGGGUGCUCAUUUUCUGGUUCUGCGUGUGGUCCAAGAAGUCGGUGCGGAAAGCGUUGCUCGGCAAAAUCACGCAAUGGUGGAAGAAUCCGAUUUUGGAGACGGCCAGUCCACAGCACUCGACGUCCAACACCGGCUCCACUCCCAUGACGCUGAGCACGGCCAGCGGGCUUAACGAGUUAUAAAUAUUCAUUUAAAUUCGGGAUUGUCAAAAAAUCUCAUUUUAAACGAUUUUGCUCACGUCGAUCUUCUCAGUUGUAAAUAUAUUUUCGGUGAAAGUACUCCUAUAAUUUGAGAAGUUUGAGCUUAUGAAAUCAGAAAUAAUUAAAUGAGACCUUUUAAAAUAUAAUGACUAAAGUGUAAGUUAAAGAUAUGAGCUUUUUUUCAAUAUUUUUGCUUUCAUGAUGUGACAUUAAUUUUACGUCUUGUUGUAAGUUGAUAGGGAAAUCAAUUUAGUUUAUUUUCUCGUGCCAAAAUGUAUAUAAAAAUAAGUUUGGAUGUUAAUGCUGGAAAAUACGUUAUAAUUGUAACAAAUUGUGAGAGGAUGCGAGUUGAAUCAUAAAUUUACUUUCCCUGUAAAAGGAAACAAUAGUUCUGUGACCACUCCUUAUUAACUAUGCUAUGGUACAAUAGAAGUAUUUUGUGAUUCGGAGAAGUGAAAUUAAAUGUUCUGUUUGAUUUUUUCACUAAAUUAAUAUGCAUAAUUUUAUUGAAAUAAAAUGGUAGAUACAAAAGAUCUGAUUU